AUGAAGGAAUGCAUUCAGAAUGUAAAUGUAAAUAAAGACGAUAAUUAUUUGUCAAAACAAAAAAAUAUCACUUCAUUACCAGUGGAAAUUAUUUUGAAAAUUUUCAACUUUUUACCACAAUCAAAUCUAAAAAUUUUGGAGCAUGUUAAUAGACAUUUUCAACAAAUCUCGCGUGAUCCAAUAUUAUGGAAAGUUUACAAGAUAGAAAACAACGAGGACAACAAUAAUUUACAAUUUAAAAAUAUUAUUCAAGAACUUAAACGGAUGACUUUUCUUGAAAAGUGUAGUUUAAUCAACAAUAUCGGUUGUGAUCGAAUUCUCCAUCAAAUUUCAUUAAGUAAUAAAAAUCUCAAGAAACUCCAUAUCAGAAAUCGAAAUUUGAGAGGAUUAGCGUGGGCUCAUUAUUUACGUUCAACGAGAUUGACACAAUUACUUGAGAGAUGCCAUAAUUUACAUACAAUAACUAUUGAUAAAUGUGCUUUGAGGGGAUUAAAAAUCUAUAAAAUACUUGGUGGUUUUGGAUUGAAAAUGAAAAUAAUUAAAAUCCCCGCAAAUAAAACUCAAUUACGAACAUUUAUUGAAAAUUCGACUUAUAUUAAGGAAAAAGAUCGACAGAUGAUAUUUAACUUGACUGCAUAUGAUCGUCAAAAAGAAUAUGUUCUAUUGAGAUACGAAUCUCACACAAUCAGAAUCUACUAUAAUAAUUGCUAUCCACAAGUAAUGCAGGUCGACAUUACUUCGUACGAAUAACAUCAACUUAAAAAGAGAAGUCCAAUA